UGCUGUUGGGGAGGAGAAGAUGCCGGAAGAAGGCGAAGCACGUGAGCGGUGGAUUGAGAAAAGCGCGGUGCUUUUUGACCUCAUCCUUCAAUCGGUCAACAAGGAGAUGUUCGAGCACAUCAAGGAUCUUGUGGAAGCGGAUGAUUCGGGUACUGCAAGAAGGUCGGACAUCCUUGGUUCAAGUGCUUCAGCAGGCCGGAGGGAUGGGCACCUCCAGGCAUGUAGCCGCCAAAUGGUGAACGCGCACAAGGUGGCGCUGUGCAAGGCUCAGGUGCACAAGGUGAAGGUGCACAAGGUAAUACCUAUCCUGGGAUGUUUCUCAUGGUUGAGGAUGUGCAUGGGCAUGAGGGUGAUGUGGGAUCUGUAGGAAAGGUUGUGAUGCACCCUCUCACGCACUGGGUGAUUGAUUCAGGUUGCACCAGUCACAUGACCCCACGGGCAGAUAUGCUUGAUGAGGUAAAACCCCCUGGAAAGAUUAAGUAUGUGGCAGCAGCGUCAGGUGUUUUGCUCCCUGUGAUUGGUGUUGGGAAUGCCAAGGUUAAGGGAGCUAAUGGGGAGCUUGUGGGGCUUGGGAAUGUUCUGCUGGUUGAAGGUUUGUGUGCUAACCUUCUCUCUGUGCGGCGACUGCAGAAGAGCAAGGCCGAAGUGACCUUUGGACCAACCAGCUGCCGUGCUAAGCUUGGGAAGAAGGUGCUGUGGAGUCUGAAAGAGGAGACCAGCUGCAUCAAGGACCUGUGGCAGCUGCCCAUCAUCCUUUGGAAUGGGAAAACUCCAACAGCAGCAACGGCAACAGCGGCAAAGGCAACAGCAGGAGGAGAUGCAACUGCACCAAGUGAUGGGGUCCUGGAAGCAGUUAAGAAAGUGCAGCAGCAGCAGACACAUGGUGAGAAAUUGGUGAAGGACGGGAGCCUGAAGGGCUUGGAGGUCAAGGGAGGAGUGAAGGAGAUUGGGAGCUGCCCUACAUGCUUGGAGACCAAGUUCUCCAAGUUCCCCUUCAACAGCACUACAGGACCAGCCAAGACCCCACUUGCACUUGUGCACAUGGAUGUGGUGGGGCCCACAAGAGCCCCUUCCCUCUCAGGCAACCGCUAUUUCUUGACAAUUGUCGCCCUUGUGAAGAACAGGGUGGUGGCUACAGUUGGGGAUAAGGAGUGGAUCCCAUAUACCAAGUGGUAUGGGAGUGCUCCAGCUGUGAACAUGCUGAGGGCAUUUGGGUGCCAUGUGGUGUUUCAUGUGCCUAAGGAGAAAAGGGGGAAGUUGGAGGCUUCUGGAAGAUGGGGUGUGCACUUGGGGAUUGCAAAGGAUCACAAGGGGUGGCUGCUAUGGGACUUGACCACCCAGAAGUUGACAGUGCCUUCAAGACAGGUGGAGGUUGCAGUGUCUGAGGAGGAGAUGUCUGGGGUGACUGAGGAAGGGGGAGCAGCUGAAGUGGAGCAGCAGCAGCAACAGCAUGAGUCUCCACCUCGAGUUCCACACCCGCCUGAGCGAUCUAGGAGGGAUGUGCGCCCUCCGGUGAGGCUGACCUAUGGGGGAAGAGGCAAGCCGAAUGUGGUGCAGGCUGGGAGUGUGGUUGAGCAGAUUGAGGAAGAUGAGAUUGCAUUGUGCUAUUGGGCUGCAAUUCCUCAGCCAAAGGUAUUGACGCUAGCUUCAACUCAGUGAAAGCGGAUGGCACCAGCAUUGGGGGUUAUGUGUGCUUGCUGGGAGGUGGUGCUGUGAGCUGGCGCAGCAAGAAGCAGAAUGAGGUGGGAUUGUUCUCAUGUGAGACUGAGUACAUGGCCUUACACCAUG